GGAAGUGGCUGCCGGAUUUGGGUUUUCUGCGGUGUUUUUGCAGCAAGUUGGGUCUCCCGCAAGUGGUGCAGUUAGUCAUCAAAUCUCAGGCGUACUCAGUAUGUUAUUGGGUUACAGUCCAGUGUCACAAGCACUACUAGGAACCUUCUUGACGUGGGGAUUGACAGCUGCCGGUUCAGCACUUGUGUUUGUGUUUUCCAGUGGGCAGAGACGGAUCCUGGAUGGCAGCCUGGGCUUUGCUGCAGGGGUCAUGCUGGCUGCUUCUUACUGGUCCCUUCUUGCACCUGCCAUUGAGCUGGCUGAAGAAUCUGGGAAGUUUGGAGCCUUUGCGUUCUUCCCUGUUGUAGUUGGCUUCACUUUGGGAGCGGCGUUUGUGUACUUUGCGGACUUCCUUCUCCCUUGGCUGGGUAUCCAUGAACCUCCACAUACAGCGCUGGCUUUGGGCUACGAUUCAAGAGCGAUGAAAGAGAAGUAUGAGCACCAACCAGUCCACAGUCAGGAGUACGAAACGGAGUUGUCCAUCCGGAUAGGUAGAACUUCACUACUUUCAGACAAAGGUGAAAAUGGGGAACCUUACCAGAGGAGGAAAGGUGCCGGAAGUAGCCAGCCAGAUGCUCCUGCUCUGUCCCACACGCUCAGGGACUGCAACCCAGCACCAGCAAGCAACAGCUGGAGAAGGAUCAUGCUUCUCAUCUUAGCAAUAACAAUACACAAUAUCCCUGAGGGUUUGGCAGUUGGCGUCGGAUUUGGUGCUGUUGGAAAGUCAGCAUCUGCAACCUUGGAAAGUGCCAGGAAUUUAGCUAUUGGGAUUGGAAUUCAGAACUUUCCCGAAGGGCUUGCUGUCAGCCUUCCCUUACGUGGGGCUGGGUUUUCAACAUGGAAAGCAUUCUGGUAUGGCCAGUUGAGCGGUAUGGUGGAGCCGUUAGCUGGCGUUUUUGGUGCUGUGGCUAUGGGACUGGCAGAGCCUCUCCUCCCGUAUGCCCUGGCGUUUGCUGCUGGCGCAAUGGUGUACGUGGUAAUGGAUGACAUCAUCCCAGAAGCUCAGAUCAGUGGCAAUGGGAAGUUGGCUUCCUGGACCUCCAUCUUGGGAUUUGUGGUCAUGAUGUCUCUGGAUGUUGGACUUGGAUAACAGGAGAUGCUUUCUUUCCCCUCAUUUUGACUUUCAGAAUCGGUUGGUCAGGGCAAAAUGCACAUCCGAUAUUGGAACUGGAACUUUGUAUAUGUCAUAAUCGUACUGAUCUGGGUUGAUAUUGAUUGCCUUUAAUUAUAUGGACAUUUUUUAUUUGCCAUAAUAUUGUGCUGAUGGCUUAAGGAAACAUGGGAGUAGAACUCUCCUCCCCCCCUUUUCCCCCCUCUUCCAUUGGGUUGGCAGUAGGAAGCAUAUUGGUAAAGCUGCAAGGAACACUUUAUUCUUCCUAAUUUUGAAGCGGGUUUUCAUAUCCAUAAAGGUCAGAUCUAAUCUGUGAAUGUCUUUGCUGUGUGUAAACAAAUUUUGUAAUGUGCUAUAAACUGAAAGGUGCAAUCUUGAAGAGAUUAAAGUCUUAUGUGCCGCUAUUGGCACCCUUCUA